UGGCCAGAGAAGUUACAAACUCUGUGUUAUACCCAGCAGGCUGUAAUGGCUCCUUCGGUAAAUAUCUAAUUAAGCGGUUGGGGUGGGUUUUUUUCUUUCACCGCAUACUUUGGUGUUUUAAAAUCCCUUUGCAUUAAACGACUUCUUGAGUUUUCCAAAUUUCUCACGCACACACAGAAGAGGGAAGUAAGAAAAAAAGCAGAGGGGAGAUUUCGGUCGUGGGAACAGGAGUCAGAGACGGGGAUUUGUAACGGCUAAAGGCAAAUCCUCCCCGAAAUCUCCAUCUAAAACACCGCAAACCGCAGCUGCGACCUGCCUGCGACCGUUGGCUAUCUAGAGAGGGAGAAAUAAAACCAGCCCGAGGGGGAUGUCCGCGUUUGGGGACCGGGGGGUGGGAGUGGGGGGGAUCGCUUCCCGAAAACCAAAAGCAGUUAACCCCCCCCCGAAGGACACGGCCUGGCGGCGGCCCGUUGGGAAAAGCGACGGCUUUGCUUUUCAUUGCGCAAAUCCGGAAUUCGGGAAGUUUUACCGACCUCGGCUCUGCAUCCCCCGGCCCGCGGGUCCCCGCGACCCCCCGUUUUCCCCCCCGGAGCACCGAAACGCGCUGAGAGAUGUCAGCCGACCGCACCAUCGGGGCUGGCCCUGCUCGGUGACGCCGCGACGGUGCCCGGUGCCCUCGAGGUGGGGAGAAACUGCCCCGGGGACGUGGGAGAGGAGCCGAGCGUCCACCCCACUCCGCUGCUUUCCUUUAGGAGAGAUGCUCGGCUUCAGCGAGGACCGCGGGGAGGGCUCUGCUGCGGGACGACGGGACACAAUGUUGCCUAUUGUGCUGCUCACCCCCUCACCGGAGGGGACACGGACGGGACCCUGCAGGCCAGGGUUGUGGAUGCGGACCUGGUGCGAAAGAGCUUGGCGGGCAUGUGCCGUGAUUUGGUUUGUUCCACCGUGGCUCGUCAAGGUAUGUUGGGACGUUGUGGAAUCAUCAAAUCUGUAUAGAAAGUACCCCCGAGGUUAGGAGGAGAGGAGUUUUCCAACUCCUGGUUCAAACAGCAGAAUUCAACGCAAAAGGUGUAAAAGAGAGGGACUGCACGAAGACUAACCACAAAAAAAGCCUUGCACAGGUCAAAGCCUAUAAAAACCACCUCACCGCAGUGUGAGCGUUUCGUAUGACUGGCACGGUGCUUUGUCCAAGAAAAAGUAUUUGCAGGUUCUGUUGCAACAA